CAACCAAAUUUUCAAUUCGCGGACCGAGAAUUGCGAACCUCGAGCGCUGCCGCCAUACCUAUCGAACAUCGAACUGCCUGAUGAUACAUCCAGGGUACGGGCAAGUCCAACUACCGAUGGGUUAUUAUUAAGGAGUGACGAGACACACCGUGCCCCGCAGCUGUCUACCUUCUGUCCUCCCGUUUCCUCCCAGUUCCUUCCGCCCCUCCUCCCUGAGAAUGGCUUCCGCCGCGAUCCGGCCCUCGCUGGGCGCCUUCGGGAGGAUAUCAUCAGCAGCAGCCGCAACAACCGCACCACGCUCUCUUGUCAGUACCACGCAGACGGCCUCCCUCUCCACCACCACCUCCCUCCUCAAGCGCCACAAAUACCCCGGCGCGCGGGACAACAAGGACUAUAGCAAGCACCGCGGCGAGUCCGCCAUACGACGCACCGGCACCCGCUGGAGGCUGUCCAUGUCGGACGAGCCGCUGCCGAAGCCGGUCCCCCGCGAGCAGCUGCCCCCCAUCGAGACGGACCCGGACCACGGCCUGUGGGAGUUCUUUGCCAACCGGAAGACCGUCGCCAACGCGCCCGAGGAGGACGCCAAGUACGGCCGCAGCUGGUCGGUCGAGGAGCUGCGGCAUAAGAGCUGGGAUGACCUGCACCGGCUGUGGUGGGUGUGCGUAAAGGAGCGGAAUCGGAUCGCGACGGCCAAUUGGGAGCGGAACAAGAGCAAACUUGGCUUUGGCGAGGCGGAGGCGCUGGCGAGGGAUCGUGAGGUCCGCGCCACGAUGCGCGCUAUCAAGCAUGCCCUGACGGAGCGGUUCUAUACGUGGGAGGACGCCGUGAAGCUGGCCGAGAACGAUCCCGAGGUGAACCUCACCGGAGACGGCCCGGCAUUUACACCCCGCGACUACCUCGAGGAGGGAGAGGCGACAGCUGCGGAGGGAGAGCAGCAGCAGCAGGUUGCGGAGGCUGCGGAGGCCGCGGAGGAGACGGCAGUGAAGGCGCAACCGGCGCCCCCAGUGACGCCUGACCCGGCGAUGAUACCCGCAUCCCAGCCGCAAGCAGAAGCCCCAAGGUUAUGAUGAACUUACUUGACUUGCCUUACACGGCCAUACAUGUACAUGAUUCAAAGGGGUUUCUCGAACAUCGGUCCUAGCAGGGGACGGGCAGAUGCUCGUGUAUCCUUUAACACACUCUCCCGCCGUGCUAAACCUGCCGCUGGCGCGAUGGCAGCGUCGGUACAUCCCCUGUUUGUACAGAUAGUGUAUUUGAGCAUGAUCUCUUGGGAAUACCCGAAGUGGAAAUUGUGUCUCAAAUAGGGCCGCCGUGCUCAUGAUGCGCAAUAGCUACGAGCGGCAAGCCCAAUAUCAAAACAUUAAUGAGCCGAGACCACCCCC